AUCUAGAGUCGUAUAUGGCCCUAAUAAGAGUUUAAGUCGGGCAAUAUUCUAAACCAGUAAGGAAUAGUUGCCCGACAGACUAAUUUCAGGGCAAAACAAUCCCACAUACGUAUGGAGCUCACUGCAGUGCCCUCCAACGGUGUCGUAGCUAAUGGUAGCAGAUCGGCGUUCUCUUCAUCAAAGACUCUCUGUGGCUUCUCUUCUUGACACACCUUUUGUUGUCUCGUUUAGCUACAGUCAGCUAACAUUUGCUAGCGAGCAUCACCCGCCUCGACUGCCCGACAGCGGUGAAGUGAAGUUGGGGGAAAAAGAGUUACUGUGAAGCCGAGGUCUGAGUCCAGAGGUGGCUGCAGCAACCCGUCAGGAUGAGUGAUGAUGAAGUGAACCCAGCCGCAGUGGCUCAGCCAGUGGAGGAUGUACAAGGAGAUGGACGGUGGUUGUCACAGCAUGCACGAUUUGUGCAGGAGUGUAAGGAUGCUGAACCAGAUGUGCUUUUUGUAGGAGAUUCAAUGGUGCAACUAAUGCAGCAGUUUGAGGUCUGGAGGGAGUUAUUCUCUCCUCUUCAUGCACUCAACUUUGGCAUUGCAGGGGACACCACCUGUAAUGUGCUGUGGAGGCUGCAGAAUGGAGAGCUGGAGAACAUCCGUCCUAAGGUGGUGGUGUUGUGGGUAGGAACCAACAAUUAUGAGCACACAGCAGAGCAGGUUGCAGGAGGAAUUCUUGCUAUUGCACAGCUGCUCGCCUCUCGCCUCCCCAAAGCAAAGGUAGUCGUACUGAGUUUGUUGCCUCGAGGUGAGCGCCCCAACCCACUGAGGGGAAAGAACACUGAGGUCAACAGCUUCCUGCGCUCCUGGCUGCCCCGACUCGGCCAACAGGCUCAGUACUUGGAUGUGAGCGGGGAAUUUGUCCAUUCAGACGGAACCAUCAUUCCACAGGACAUGUAUGACUUCCUCCACCUGACACCAUCGGGUUACCGCAGGGUGGCAAAGCCCCUCAGUGACCUGCUGCUUCAGAUACUGGAGGAGACACCAGAGGAGAGACGGGCGUCACUGGUUUGAGGCCCACGGCAGAGCAGCACAAUCAUCCAGAGUCAUGUCUCACCCACUGCUCUGGGGAGACGGGGGAGACAUGUCUCUGGUAUCUGCAGGAGGAAGGGCUCACUCAUAGGGGGAGGAGGCAUCCUGAUGUGAGUGGGCCCACGAGGGCUUUGGGAUCACAUUCGUGAGUGGAGGGUUUGGGUGUGGAGAGGUGCUGAAGAGGGAGAGAGACCUCACUACAGACUUAGACACUGUGAUUGCAGUCGUAACCUCUAUUGCAAAAGGAGUUAUCAAGCUCAAACUGCUCUGAAUCAUACAGAUAUACUGAGAUCGCGUGGGCCUGCAGUGACAAACACACACACACACA